GGGGCCGCGCAGCCCAUGGCCGGCUCCGCGCAGCCCCCGACGGCGGCGGGGGACGGCGGCCCCGACGGCGGGUCGCUGGCGGGGGGCGGCGAGGCUUUCGGGGACCGCUCCUUCAGCCAGGGCUUGAGCGUGCUGGUGGGGCUGGCGCUCUGCGUGACCAUGCUCGGGCUGGGCUGCGCCGUGGAGCUGGGGCAGCUGGGGCAGCAGCUGCGGCGGCCCGUGGGGCUGCUGCUGGCGCUGCUGGGGCAGUUCGUGGCCAUGCCGCUGCUGGCCUUCCUCCUCGCCCUCAUCUUCGCCCUGGACGAGGUGGCGGCCGUGGCUGUGCUGCUGUGCGGCUGCUGCCCCGGGGGCAACCUCUCCAACCUCAUGUCGGUGCUUGUCGACGGGGACAUGAACCUCAGCAUUAUCAUGACGGCUUCCUCCACGCUGCUGGCCCUCUUCCUGAUGCCCCUCUGCCUCUGGGUCUACAGCCGCCACUGGAUCAACACGGCCCUGGUGCAGCUGCUGCCCCUGGGGGCGGUGAGCCUGACGCUGGGCAGCACCCUGCUGCCCAUCGGCCUGGGGAUGCUCAUCCGCUACCGGCACCCCCGCGCCGCCGACCUCCUGGUUAAGAUUUCCCUGUGGUCCCUCUUGGUGACUCUGGUGAUCCUGUUCAUCCUGACUGGGACCAUGCUGGGCCCAGAUCUGAUGGCACACAUUCCUGCGUCUGUCUACGCCAUUGCAGUGCUGAUGCCUCUAGCAGGGUACGCCUUGGGAUACGGCUUGGCCACAGUCUUUAAAAUGCCCCCACACUGCAGGAGAACAGUGUCUUUGGAAACAGGGUGCCAAAACGUCCAGCUCUGCACUGCCAUCCUAAAACUCACCUUCCCCCCGGAGCUCAUAGGGAGCAUGUACAUGUUUCCCUUGCUUUACGCGCUUUUUCAGUCGGCAGAAGCGGGACUCUUUGUGCUGGUAUACAAGAUGUAUGGGAGAGACAGCUACAAACAAGAUACGCUUGGUGAAGAGGAAGACACAGAUAUUUCCUACAAGAAACUGAAGGAAGAGGAGGUGGCCGAUACUUCAUAUGGCACAGUGACCACGGAGGAGCACAACUCCGUUCAGAUGGAGCCAACGCAGACGGCACUUUAGGCGAGAUAAGGAGGUGACACCCGGUGAUGUGUGUCGUGCUUGCAACCAGGCUGGGGCCACACUCGCCGCUGCGCAAGUGGAGCUGCCCGGCCUCCAUCGUUUCUCCAGCUGCUCCCAUUGUACAAGGUGGUGUGCAUUUAUUACCGUGACAGUUGUAUUUCCUCAAAAAUAAAUAUGAAAAAAAUCUAAAAAACAAUGAAAAAAGUACCACUGCGACGCGAAUCAGUAACCGUACGUCUUCACGCAAGGAGGCUCCUGCCCGCCUGAGUGCAGCAGGAAUGGGGAGGAAGGAGAUGAGAUUUUUGCAGAGGC